CACACGUGAACGGGCUCGAAAUUGGAAGCCUCGGUCGACAAUUCGAAUACUGCCAGCCCUUGCAGUCCCACAGGUCUGGUGCUUGACUCGACUCUAGUCGUAUAAAACUUCAGUCCCCCAGGCCCCCGGGUUUCCCCAGAGAUUCUUCUCUUCUCAAUUCUUUCUCUCUGUCGCAUACCAUAGUUGACAUUGGGCAGACUCUCAAGGUCCAGCAACCCACCACCAUGGCGCUCUCUCCAUCAGUCAUCCGUUUUGUGAUCGUCCUCUUCGUGGCCCUCGGUUCCCUCACCUACGGCUACUGCAGCAGUAUCAUUGCCACAACACUUGGCCAGCCCAGCUUCCUCACUUACUUCGAGCUUGACACUCGCCCCAAUGCUACACAAUUGGAGGGCGCAAUCAAUGGUCUCUACCAAGCAGGAGGUCUCUUUGGAUCUCUCUCCAUGAUCUGGUUUCCCGAUUGGCUCGGUCGACGCAAGGCGCUCCUGCUGUAUGCCAUUAUCACCAUCAUCGGUGGCGCGUUGCAGGCUGGCUCGGUCAACAUUGGAAUGUACAUCGCCAUGAGAUUCAUCACCGGCUUUGGCAUAGGCGCUCUCGUCGCCUUGGUGCCUUUGUACCAAUCAGAGAUGUCCCCGCCCCGAAUUCGAGGCUUGCUGGUCGGCAUGCACGGUGUCAUGAUUUGUGUCGGCUACACCUUUGCCAGCUGGAUCGGCUUCGGCUUCUACUUUGUCAACGCCGGUGGCGCGCAGUGGCGUUUGCCCCUGGCUAUUCAGUGCUUGCCACCAUUAUUGCUCGCCUUCGGGGUCCUCUUGCUGCCCGAAUCGCCUCGUUGGCUCAUCGACCACGAUCGUGUGGAGGAUGCGUACAAGUCUUUCAAGGCUGUCCGCGCUGAAACAAGUGACAACAUCGUCCACAACGAAGAAGCCAUGCAAGAGGAAUUCAGGCUGCUUCAGGGCCAGAUUUUGCACGAGCGAACAGAGGCUGUCUCGUUCUGGGAUCUCUUGAGACUGCCUCACUUCCGCAAGCGUUGCAUCGUCGGUUUCCUAAUUCUGUUUGGUUGCCAGGGAACUGGUACGCUGGUCAUCAACAACUAUGGCCCUACGCUCUACAAAGCCCUGGGGUACGGCACCGUCCCCCAGCUUCUGUUAUCAGCCGCCUGGAUUACGGUCUGCCCAUUCGGCAACCUGAUCAAUGCUCUGCUAGUGGACAAGGUUGGCCGCACACGCAUGGUCAUGUUCGGGUACGCGGGCUGCGUCAUCGCUUUGAUUGGUGAAUGCAUCACGGUCAGCCAAUUCAACAAGACCGGAGACAAGGGACUCGCCAAGGCUGCCGUCUUUUUCCUCUUCCUGCACAUCGGCUUCUUCUCCUCGUCCUGCGAUGCCACUUCAUACAUCUACGCGUCCGAAAUCUUCCCGACUCCAGUCCGAGCCAAGGGCCUCGCCAUCUCGGUUUCAGGCCUAUUUUGCGCCACCAUCAUCUUCUUGCAGGCUGCGCCUACCGCUUUCGCAGCCAUCGGCUGGAAAUAUUAUAUCGUCUUCAUCGUCAUCACCACCCUCAUCGGCAUUGUCGUCUUCUUCUACUUCCCGGAGACCAAGGGCCGCUCGCUUGAGGAUAUUGGUGAGCUGUUUGGCGAUUCCGUCGAGCCAAUUAUGGAUGAUAAGAAGAACGUCCAUCCCACCGCCGAAAGGGUUGAAGAUAUGCCGUACAACGAGAUGGAAUGAACAACGACCGCUGUAUCAUGUGGCGAUGGCCAGGAUCAAUGGUGAAUGGCAACUGGUCUUUUAGAACCGAGGAUCGACAUGAUCAUAGACCCACGACAUAUAUUGUAUAUUGGUCUGUCUAGAUUAGACUGCAGACAAUUUUGAUGCUUGACUGCUUCUUUCAGCCACUACUCCACGUUUUGUUUCG